UACUCAGCCUUCCCUGUGUUUGAUGUUCAUUCAGGGCACAGGAAUAUGCCAAGACUAAAGCAGCAGACAGCAGCCCCAUGCCCUCUCUGGUGGUGUGUCCCCCCACGCUGACGGGCCACUGGGUGGACGAAGUGGGCAAAUUCUGCUCCAAAGAAUUCCUCCACCCACUGCACUACACCGGGCCUCCUACAGAGCGGAUGAGGUUGCAGCACCAAGUGAAAAAACACAAUCUUAUAAUAGCCUCUUAUGAUGUUGUACGGAAUGACAUCGACUUUUUUAGAAAUAUCAAAUUCAAUUACUGUAUCCUCGAUGAGGGUCAUGUCAUCAAGAACGGCAAGACGAAACUUUCCAAAGCCAUCAAGCAGUUGGCUGCCAACUUCCGCGUCAUCCUGUCAGGAACGCCAAUUCAGAACAAUGUCCUGGAGCUCUGGUCAUUGUUUGACUUCCUCAUGCCGGGCUUCCUCGGAACAGAGCGUCAGUUUGCAGCUCGCUACGGUAAACCAAUCCUGGCCAGUCGCGACGCCAAAAGCUCUUCACGGGAACAGGAGGCAGGUGUCCUGGCGAUGGAGGCCCUACAUCGACAGGUGCUGCCCUUCCUUCUGAGGAGGAUGAAGGAGGACGUCCUCCAGGACCUGCCUCCUAAAAUAAUUCAGGACUAUUACUGCAAUUUAAGUCCUCUACAGGUUCAGCUGUAUGAAGACUUUGCAAAGUCUCGGGCCAAGGCCAGUGUGGAGGACAGUAUCUCCAGCACCUCCACAGAAGAGGAGGAGAAGCCCAAACUGAAGGCCACCGGCCAUGUCUUCCAGGCGCUGCAGUAUCUGCGGAAGCUGUGCAACCACCCGAGUCUGGUGUUAACCCCGCAGCAUCCGGAAUACAAACGCAUCUCGGAGCAGCUGAUUGGUCAAAACUCCAACCUGCGGGACCUGCAGCACGCACCCAAACUCUCUGCUCUCAAACAGGUACUUUGCUGGGAAGUCUUUUAA